CGCUGCUAUAGCGCGGGAAAUACAGUAGCAAUGGAUGGUCAUGACGUCCAGGGAAGAUUACGAGUCUCUUGCUUAUCACAGCGACUGAAAGCCGCGUUCCAUUACACGGUCGGAAAGAUAUGUGAGAAAUUCGCAGAAGAGAAUGAUGUCACCUUUACCAGGAAAUUAUUGCCACUCUUUUCUGAAGCAGUAUGCCAGCAGGCACAGUCGUUUGCUGUCGAUCUGGAACUGUUUGCCAACCAUGCAAAGAGGACCACAAUUAAUGCAGAUGAUGUCAAGCUCCUCGUACGAAAGAAUCCUGACUUGCUCGACCGCAUAAAUGGUCUUUGUGACGCGGAGACGGCUACAAAUGAAAUGCUGCGUGAAAAUAAGAAGAGCAAGCAAAGAAAGACAAAGAAGCCAUCAGCACCUACAGCAAUAAGUGAUGAGUCGAACAAUGCAGAUUCAUAGGCUUGCUCUUCCUCAACUUAUCACAAUCGUCUGCCGGUAGCAUUUUGUGGAUUACUAUAAUUGCAUUCAGUUAGACUUAUUUAAUAGAGGGUAAUCAUCUGGCUGUUUUUGCCUAUACGUAUACACAGUUUGAUUACUACAUAUUCUACAACAGCAAAUUUUAUAAAAAUAGCUAGUGCAAUCAGUUAUGCCUAAAUGCAGUGCUGAGUUGUGACUUUUUGUUUGUACAUGUUAUGCAGCCCUUGUAACGAUUACUAUUGUUUAGUGCCUUGUUAGGUAUCAUCAAGAGUAAGAUAAUCUUGCUCUUGGUAUCAUGUAUUGAUUUCCAUGGGUACCAAAUGUAAAAUGUUUAUACCAUUUGUAACAAAUGUAUUACGUUUUGCCAUACCAAAGUAUAAGUGCUUGGUAAUUGUAUAUAUGACUACAUCUAGCAUUCACUAGCUGGUGGGAUUUGAUAUUUCACAGAACUAUCAGAUAUUUCACAUUAAUUUUAUCAGACCUAUAAUUAAUGAGUGUAACAUAUGGCUAUUGUGUCUAAUGGGUUAUCAUGCAGAUAAAUGAAUGAAUAAAUGAUUGAUUUUCCAGCAAUCAUACGGACGGGAUAGCAGAAAACCAAUAAUCGUCUUACAGUUUGUAACGGUAAUAGUCUCAUACGUUAUAUCAGCAAAUGAUCUUAUGUACGUACUGUAGCGUACAGCAUAUGUGACGUAUAUUACAUGUAUUAGUGGGUUAUUGCCAUAUAAAUACUUAUUUAUGAAA